AUGAGCACAGACCCUCAUGCCAAUGGACUUAUGGACAAUAAUCGUCGCGUCCAUGCUGGCGUUACAGACGGGACACUCCCUCAGCUGCCGCGACCCGCCGCCGCACGGCCCGCACAGGCACAGGUGCCGGCACGGCAGCAGCAGCACGCACGGCUCCCUCUCGCCGCACAUUCUGCACAUCCUCUCCCUUCCGGCGGCGACGGUUUCCUCCUCCCGGCCGCGACCUCCGUCGCUGCUGCCGCAGCACGACUCGACGUCCUCCUCCUCGUCUCCGGCGGCCGGGACGCCGCCGCCGCCCGAUACGCCCUCGGAGCCGAUAUGGAGGAGUACUUGCUCAAGGUUGUUUCGGAGGGAAUUCGCGGCGGCCUCGUUAGUCUGCGCCAGAUCCCUCCACAGCUGAUUCUCGACGUAGAGGCUUUUAACUCUUUCCUGAAGGACUAA